CUCGAUGAGUUGGAAGCCUUCCAACUUGUGAAGUUCGUGCUUCGAAGGGCUCGUGAUCGGAUGAUGCCUUCCAAUGUCAUGCGCGUGGGACAGCUGCCGAGGAAGGAUUUGCAAAAAGAGUUCGAGCUCGUGAAGAAGCUCGGUGCUGGAGGACAAGGCGCCGUGUACCUCGCUAAGGAGAAGACGCGGAGCGGUCCCGAGCGAGUCGUCAAAUUCUUCACGAAGGCAGGCGCACAGCUGGCCCUUGACGAUCUGAAGGAGGAAGUGAACAUUCUCCGAUGCCUGGAUCAUCCGGCCAUCGCCCGGGUGCUCGACAUCUUCGAGGACCCUCAGAACGUGUACCUGGUAGCCGAGCCCUACUUCGGCGGCGACCUUACGGACCUAAUGAACAAGGCAGCGAAGCACAACGUGCAGCCCACGCACGAGUGGCUGGGGAAGAUCUUCAGACAGAUCUUGGAAG